GCAGGGGAUGAGAGGAGGAAGAGGGGGAUGGGACAGAGAGGAAAAGACAGACACACAGAGAGAUGGAUGGGCAUGGGGUGACGGUCCUGUGCACGUAAUGAUUUGGGGGAAUUUAUUUCUAUUGGUGGUUGUUUCCUUAACAGGUACAAGCAGCUGUAAGGGCGUCUGAGCGACGGGGACAAGGACAGUUACUCUACAGAUCUACUGAGUAGAUAAAAAACUUUUCACAGAUAUACAUUUUUUUGUUUCUUGCACCUGAGAAAAGUUUUGUUCCAUGAUAGCAAACGUAACAGGGAGUGGCCUGAUGUGCGACUGAGACAAGUUAAAGACAAAUAAUGCACUUUGUAACUACAUACAAAUCUGUUUUUGGACUUUCUGGACUUGGAUCUGGAUCUUUGUUCUUUCGCUUGCCUGAAAAACAGUCUUCUCUUUUUCAUUCAUCAAUUUGUGCGGGAAAAUACUAAGCAGUGGGACAAUUAGCACCAGACAUGGAAACCAGAUGUGCCCUCGAUGAGCUCUCCGUCGUGCAGUAAAAGCCGGGGGAAUGAGCAGGGCUCGCAGGAUGCAAGAGUUAGAAUACUUCAGGGGUGGAGCUACACUGGUGAUUUCACUGGACGGUUUGAACUGGCUUUCUAGAAGGAGAUGCAGUGACAAGGGAAACAAGAAACGGGAUGAAGAGCUCCAGUUUUGGAUAUCUCCAGGUCAGAUGGUCCUGGCUGACGAGAAGCUGCAGCCAAUCACAGACUUUUGUAUCCUGGACCAAAGAGGAAGUGAAGCUCUUAACUUAUGGAGGAGCACUGAGUGCAGAUCAACCUUCUUGCUCUCUCCUCAACACUGUCGUCCUCUAGAGGAGCCUACCCAGCACUCUGCAUUUACUGCUUUAGCUUCAUCUGUCUCCGAGUGCCCAAAGGAGGCCCCAUGGACCAGACUCAUCUUAAAAAUGAAAGACAUUUUCCCUCUGAUGACAAAGAAUGUAAAUUUGACAACCCAGCUGCACACUGUUACAAUGGAUCGCCCCAAUAGGCUUAUAAUUUUCUAUGAUGAAGACAUACCAUCACGACUUUGUAGUGACAUUUGCUACUCUCAAGACUGUAGGACAUUCAUAGGGAAUACAGGGUGCCAUAUCAGUGAUAACAACAAUGUGUCGAGUGAUUUAAGAAACUCCACUGCCCACUCGCCCUCUGAUCCCAACAAUAACCCUGAGGAUGAUCAGAGUGAAAUAGAUAACAGAGACAAUUUUAAUAUAUGCUCCCAUAAAAGUCUUUUAAAGUCCUGUCAAAGCUACAGUCAUCCAGGAGGAUCCUCUGAAAGAGACAGGAACAAGAAAAUGAGGAAGAGCGUGUCCUUUGAUGACGACGUCAUGGUUUACCUGUUUGAUCGGGAGAGUCCCACCGUGGAGCUGCACUGUGAGCCCUGCACAUCUCUGCCAAGCAGCUCCUCCUCCAACCUUCCAGAUGUUACAUUAGAAGACAGUGGCUUGGAGUGGGAGGACGACUUCUCAGCUUUGGAGAAGAACUGCCAUUUUCCCUGUGUCAGUCACUCUCAGCACAGCGCCCUCUCCCUGCCAUCACAUGGCUGGACUCCUCGGUCCAGGCCGGAGCGUUACUUUCUGUCCCAAACCUGCCUCUUCCUCACCCAUGUCACUGAGUCAGACCUUGAGCUGUGAGAU